AUGGCAGACAACGAGCAGCGGCAGCAGCACACGUCUCCCGCGCCUCCAGCCGCGCCUCCCCUCAAGAGCCUAUGGUCGGUCCGCAGCGCAGCCGGCGAGCCCUUCGCGGCGGUGCGCGUGCGCAACCUGCAGGCCGUGGUGCAGGCCGGCGUCGACGCCUGGGGGCGGGCGAACCGCGCGCAGCCCGUGCUAGUGUCGGCCGAGAUCUACUUCCACGCCCCCUUUGACACGGCCGCCUCGGACGACCGCCUCGGCGCCGACACGGUCCACUACGGCCUGCUGAGCAAGGCCGUCGCCGUGAGCCUGCUGCCCGCAUCCAUCGCCGCCGCCGCCGCCGUGAACAAGACGGCCACGGAUGCCGCGACCCUGCGCGACGUGCUCGACUGCGUCUGGAGCCACCUGACGGGCCGCCGCCUCGACGGCGUCGCCUCCCUGUCGCCCUCCUUUCUGGCCGUCGCCCGCGUGCGCUACCUCGCCGUCACCGUCAAUCUGCCCAAGGCCUCGCUGCUGGGCGAUGGCGUCAGCUUGACUGCCGCCGCCGUCUUCGCCCAGCCUUCUGCUCCAGCCCCCGCUCCCAUUGGAGAUCAGACGCAGUCGCAGCAGCAGCCGCAACCGCAACCGCAACCGGACCAGCUGGCCAUUGCCCUGGAGCUGCACAACCUGCGCGUGCCGACGCUGAUCGGCGUCAACGACAACGAGCGCCUGGCCAAGCAGGUCGUGGUGGCGAGCCUAACAGUAGACAAGUUCGACCAGAAGCUCGACAUUUACACGAGCAUUGAGACGCUUGUUGUCAAGGCCCUGGAAGAGUCCUCGUUCGAGACGCUCGAGGCGCUGGGCGCACACCUCACAGACCUCGUUCUCGCAACCUACCACUGCGGCACGCACGCGGGCCCACUGACGGGCGGCCGCGACUGGCAGGCGCACGUCCGCCUCGAGAAGCCCACGGCCGUCAUGUUUGCCGACUGCCCCAUCGUCGAGGUCCGCGCCGGCUCCGACUUUAUCCGGCUGCCGGAGGCGACGGUGACGACAACCACCAGUGCAACAGCUGAUAUACCGGCAGCAGCUGCAGCAAGCGUAUUGACGCCCAGGUCUCCUCCUCCUCCUUACCCGCUUGCUUGA